AUGAGCAACAACAAGGAUCCAGUCAUCCGCUCCAUCAAUGAGACCAAGGCUGGAUACAAGCGCCUAGGCAACUCUGGCCUACGCGUUUCAGUCCCAAUUCUAGGCGCCAUGUCCUUCGGCUCCAAAGAGUGGCAACCCUGGGUGAUCGAAGAAGAAGAAGCCUUCCCUCUUCUCAAAGCUGCCUACGACCGUGGUCUAAACACCUGGGACACCGCCAACGUCUACUCCAACGGCGUCAGCGAAGAGAUCAUCGGCAAGGCCAUCAAGAAAUUCAACAUCCCGCGCAACAAGCUCGUCAUCCUCAGCAAAUGUUUCGGCUAUGUGGGCGAGACGCCAGACAUCCGAGGAAUAGCGUACGGUCAAGCCAUCGCCAACUCGAAAGACUACGUAAACCGCGGCGGCCUCUCCCGCACCGCCAUCUUCGAAGCCGUCAACGCCUCCCUUGCCCGCCUCGACACGCCUUACCUCGACCUCCUGCAGAUCCACCGUUUCGACCCAUACACGCCGCUUGAGGAGACAAUGCAAGCGCUGCACGACCUCGUGCGGAGCGGAAAGGUGCACUAUAUCGGCGCCAGCAGCAUGUUCGCGUACCAGUUCGCCAUGCUGCAGAACUGCGCGGAGAAGAAUGGCUGGACCAAGUUCAUCUCCAUGCAGAAUCAUUAUAACCUUCUCUACCGUGAAGAAGAGCGCGAGAUGAACAAGUACUGCGACGCUACAGGUGUGGGUUUGAUCCCGUGGGCACCGCUUUGCCGGGGUCACCUCGCUCGUCCGCCUUCGCAGUUCGGGUCCACGAUCCGGAGUGAAGGCGAGCAGAAGACUUCCAAAGGACAGAGCGAAAGCGACAAGGAAGUUGUGAAGCGUGUGCAGGAGCUGGCGGAGAAGCAUGGGUGGAAGAUGUCGCAUGUGGCGUUGGCUUGGAUCAAUAAGCGCGUGAGCAGUCCGAUCAUCGGUUUUAGCAGCGUCGAGAGGAUGGAGGAGGCGUUGGAGGCGCGAGGGAAGGAGCUGACGCCGGAGGAGGAGAAGUAUCUCGAGGAGCCGUAUGUUACUCGAGACAUCCAAGGGCAUUCGUAG